AUGGGGAAGAGCAGGGCCACGCCUUGCUACGAGGAAGAGGCCCCCACCGGUGCAUUCGACGCCAUGGUGGCUGCCCGAGCCCGGGCCCGCGCCGCCCCUGCAGCCAUCUGCGCGAGUGGUCCGGAGGGCGGCGAGCAGGCGUGCGACAAGGGGUGGGAGCGCAGCGGCAGCAGGCUCUGCUGCAAACGGAACAUCACCGACUUCUUCAAGGCCCGCCACUUCGAGGAGCUCUUCCCCAGGCGGAACGACACCAUCGCCCACGCCGCGGGAUUCUGGGACUACCCGGCCUUCAUCGCCGCCGCCGCCCUCUUUGAGCCCCGCGGGUUCGGCACCACCGGCGGCAAGGAGAUGGGCGUCAGGGAGGUCGCCGCCUUCCUCGCCCACGUCGGCGCCAUCACCUCGUGUGGACGUUUUUAUCCAAAUCCAAUGGCAUGGGGUCUUUGCUACAAGCGUGAAAUGAGCCCAUACCAGAACUUCUAUUGCGAUGACAGCAACGAAUUAUAUCGCUGUGUCGAAGGACUUCAAUACUAUGGCCGAGGCGGCGAGGCCCUCUUCCUGUUUACUGGUCAGGCCAAUAUAUCCCUCUCUCUGUUGUCGAACUAUAACUACGGUAUCAUCGGUAAGGGUAUCAAGCAGGAUCUGUUGAGCCACCCAGAGUUGCUGCAACAGAAUGCCACCCUAGCAUUUGAGGCAGCAAUCUGGAGGUGGAUGACUCCAGUGAAGUGGAGACAGCCGUCAGCCCACGAUGCCUUCGUUGGUAACUGGAAACCAAGCAAGAAUGAUCUUUUGUCUAAGAGAUAUCCGGGCUUUGGCACUACAAUGAAUAUCAUGCGUGGUGAUCGCAUCUGCGGUCAAGGGUUCACUGAUGAGAUGAAUAACACUAUAUCCCACUACAUAUAUUAUCUCGGCUUGAUGGGAGUUAAUCAUGAGCACUCUGGGCGUAGCUUGGAUUGUGCCGACCAGGUGGUAUUCAAUCCGUCCUCGAAGAGUUUGGGCUCAUAA